UUCUUUCCCGUUCCUUCUUUUGUCCUCCUUUAAUUCAUAUCCUUCUUGAUACCCCGUUGGGGGUCCCUGUGGCCGCCAUGACAUCCCUCAAGCAAUUCAUUCGAAAUGUACGUUCUGCUAAGACAAUCGCCGAUGAACGGGCGGUGAUUCAAAAAGAGAGCGCGGCCAUUCGUGCGUCGUUCAGGGAAGAGAGCCAUGAUUCGGGCAUACGGAGAAACAAUGUUGCCAAAUUACUUUAUCUUUUCACCCUCGGUGAGCGGACGCACUUCGGUCAGAUCGAAUGCCUGAAACUGCUGGCGUCCCACCGCUUCGCAGACAAGCGAUUGGGAUACCUGGGCACUAUGCUGUUACUAGAUGAGAAUCAAGAAGUAUUGACGCUGGUGACAAACUCGCUAAAGAAUGAUCUUAACCAUUCCAAUCAAUAUAUUGUCGGGCUUGCCCUUUGCGCCCUAGGAAAUAUCGCCUCCGUCGAGAUGUCCAGAGAUCUGUUCCCGGAAGUCGAGUCUCUUCUUUCUACCGCAAAUCCAUAUAUCAGGAGGAAGGCGGCGCUGUGUGCUAUGCGGAUAUGUCGUAAGGUGCCAGACCUGCAGGAGCAUUUCUUCGAGAAGGCCAAAACCCUCUUGUCGGACAGGAACCAUGGUGUUUUGCUAUGCGGUUUGACUUUGGUAAUAGACAUGUGUGAAGCGGAGGAGGCCGAGGAAGGACAGGAAGGCGUGAUUGAGAUGUUCCGACCUCUGGCUGGUAGCCUCGUUCGUGCUCUAAAGGGGUUGACAACCUCCGGAUACGCCCCGGAACAUGACGUUUCUGGAAUCACAGAUCCCUUCCUUCAGGUCAAGAUCUUACGUCUCCUUCGAGUACUAGGAAGAGGAGACGCGGCAACAAGCGAACUGAUUAACGACAUUCUAGCCCAGGUGGCUACCAAUACUGAUUCAACAAAGAACGUCGGCAACGCUAUCCUCUACGAGGCGGUCCUCACCAUCCUUGACAUUGAGGCUGACUCGGGCCUAAGAGUUCUAGGCGUCAACAUCCUCGGAAAAUUCCUCACCAAUAAGGACAACAACAUUCGUUAUGUUGCUCUUAAUACGCUGAACAAGGUUGUCGCUAUCGAGCCCAACGCUGUGCAGAGACAUCGCAACACCAUCCUAGAGUGUCUCCGCGAUCCCGAUAUCAGUAUCAGAAGACGAGCCCUUGACCUUAGCUUUAUGUUAAUCAAUGAGAGCAACGUCCGUGUCAUCAUCAGGGAGCUUCUUGCUUUCUUAGAGGUCGCGGAUAACGAGUUCAAGCCUGCGAUGACUAGUCAGAUCGGCAUUGCUGCCGAUCGCUUUGCGCCGAACAAACGUUGGCAUGUCGACACGAUCCUCCGAGUCCUGAAAUUGGCUGGUGCCUAUGUCAAAGAGCAGAUUUUAUCUUCCUUUGUGCGUCUCAUUGCUACUACACCAGAAUUGCAAACCUACUCCGUGCAAAAGCUCUACAUGUCGUUGAAGGAAGAUAUCUCGCAGGAGGGUCUUACUCUUGCUGCCACUUGGGUCAUUGGAGAGUACGGCGAUAACCUUCUUGAGGGCGGUCAGUACGAAGAAGAGGAGCUGGUCAAGGAGGUCAAGGAAAGUGACCUCGUUGAUCUAUUCAACAAUAUUCUCAACAGUACAUAUGCAACACAAACGGUGGUCGAAUACAUUACCACUGCUUCGAUGAAGCUUACCGUGCGCAUGUCGGACCCAGCUCAGGUCGAGCGCCUCCGCCGCUUCCUGAAUAGCCGGACGGCCGACUUGAGCGUGGAAAUUCAACAACGAGCUGUCGAGUACACCAAUCUUUUCGGCUACGACCAGAUUCGCCGGGGUGUUCUUGAACGUAUGCCACCUCCCGAGAUUCGUGAAGAACAGAGGGUCCUGGGUGCUCCGGCAAAGAAACGCCAGAGCAAAAUCCUCAAGGACAAGACUAAGAAGGCCGUCAAACCGGCCGAGCAGGAUAUGCUUCUCGACCUCAUGGGUGGUGAUGCUCCGGCGACCAGCCCAAUUGGCAACGGGUCCCAGAAUACAGCCGACCUGCUGGCAGAUAUUCUCGGCGGGGACUCUGGGCUCUCGUCCCCUGCUCCCCAGCCGACGCAGAAGCCAGCACAGUCCAACACAGCUGCCAUCAUGGAUCUGUUUGGCUCCAAUGGAAACACCCCGUCGGCCGGUCCAGCUGAGCCGGCAUCUUCGUCUAUGGACCUCCUUGGAGGCCUUGGAUCCGCCGCGCCUACGGCAUCCACCCCUCCCCCCUCGGCACCCGCAGCCCCUGUCCAUGCAGCAUUCAAUAAGAACGACCUUUCUCUGACCUUGCAGGUCCAGCGGGGCAGCGGCGGCAAUGCACAGAUCCAGGCUCGUUUCCGAAACUCCUCGAACUUCACUAGUUUCUCCGGUGUUGGAUUGCAAGCCGCGGUACCCAAGAGCCAACGGCUUCAACUCAGCGCAAUCAACAAGCCCGAUCUCGAGGCCGGGGAUGAAGGUAUUCAACUACUGAAGGUCGCCUCUCUAAACGGAGCCCUCCCACCUAAACUCCGCCUCCGUCUGCGUAUCACAUACUCCAAGGACGGAUCAGAUCCCGUGACAGACCAGGUCGACUGGACCGAGCCGUAAGCCGAUCGAUCUUCAUAGAAAGGAUGGCUCCCCCACACCUUACCCCGUCAAAGACAUCAAUUGACAAACCAGCGCCCUACCUUAAUUAUAUCACAUCCCAUUUUCCAUUUCACCCCGUUACCUAGAUGGUUAUUUACCUUUUUGAAUGAAAGUGCUCUCCAAUCGCAUGGAGAAAAACGAAACUUCUUGAGUAUAAGCUAGGGGCUCUAUACGUAUGUGCUCAAUUGAGCGAGAAUGAUGGAAAACUGUCAUGCAUUCAUACCCUGUUGAUUUCCCGUCAUCUUUAUCACCAAAUUUUUCUCCGUUGCCCGUUCUAUUUUCGUGU